AUGUCUUUCUCCAGUCUGGUUCAGGACCUCGCUCUCCGCGAUGGUGGCUCUCGUCGACCAGCCCCACCCGCUUCCAUCUCCACGGUCGAUGACAGAACUUCACACAUUUCUCGAGCCAUGUCGUACACUAGCACCGCUGCCACUAGCGUCAGCAUUUCUGGUGAUAUCGGAAGCCAGCUGCAUGGCGGCUACUUCCAUCCUCUUGCCCGUUCAUGGCAGGCUGAGCGCCAACUGACCAAGUCCAUGUUCAUUUACCCAAUCUUCAUUACCGAUGGCGAGAAUGACAUGAAUUUGGUACCCUCACUGCCUGGCCAGUAUCAGUUGAGCGUCGAUAAGCUCGUGCCGUUCCUCGAACCCCUCGUCCACAAAGGCCUUCGUUCUGUCAUGCUUUUCGGUGUCCCCAUGAAGCCUGGCACCAAGGAUGCUCUCGGCAGCGCUGCUGACGACCCCGAGGGUCCUGUAAUCCAGGCUAUCCGCCUUAUCCGACGCCGAUUCCCCCAAAUAUUCAUCUGCACCGACGUUUGUCUAUGCGAAUAUACCUCUCACGGUCAUUGCGGUAUUCUGCGAGACGACGGCAGCCUGAACAACCAGCUUUCUGUUGAUCGCAUCUCUGAUGUCGCUAUUGCCUACGCCAAGGCCGGCGCUCACUGUGUUGCCCCUUCAGAUAUGAAUGAUGGGCGUAUUCGCGCCAUCAAGCUUAAGCUCAUCGAGGAGGGUAUUGCACACAAGACUACAUUGAUGUCCUACUCAGCCAAAUUCUCAGGUUGUCUCUACGGCCCCUUCCGUGACGCCGCUGGUUCCGCCCCGUCUUUCGGAGACCGAAAAUGCUACCAGCUUCCACCAAGCGGUCGCGGUCUUGCUCGCCGCGCCAUUAUCCGUGACAUUACCGAAGGUGCCGAUAUCAUCAUGGUCAAGCCCGCCGGCCAAUACCUCGACAUCAUCAGCGAUGCCAAGGAUUUGGGCAAGGAUCUUCCAAUUGCCGCCUACCAGGUCAGUGGUGAAUAUUCCAUGAUCCACGCCGCCGCCAAGGCUGGUGUGUUUGAUCUCAAGGCUGCUGCUUUCGAGGCCACUGAGAGUAUCCUCCGGGCUGGUGCUACCAUUGUUGUCAGCUACUUUACUCCCCAGUUCCUGGAUUGGCUGGAAAACUAG